GGGAACACCAGCCCCCAGCGCCUGGGGCUGUAUUUAGAGGGCACCCGGCAAACCCGGCGGCAGGGAGUCUGGGCGCUGGAUCCCUCCGGCCUGGGCACAGAACAGGCUCAGAAACUGAAAGCCGCUCCCUGGUGAAGGCGCCCUGGUACCAGCCAUGCCGAGAUGCAGCAUCUUCAUCCCGCUCCUCCUCUUUCUCCCUGGAGUCUCCCCCUACUGCUACACCGCCACGGCUGAGAAGUGCAGAGAGACGAUGCCCUCGAUGCCUUGGCACAGCCUGGUGGGGAAGGGCAUCGACAUCACCACGCUGGGCUGGACGGAGGCCUCCCUGCUGGACACCAGCCUGUGGCAGGGCCCUGAUGGCACCUGCACCCUGUGCCAGAGCCCGCGGCAGGACAGGAAGGUGCCGCUGGUCGUGGUGAACUGGAAGGAAAACGUUGCCUGCAAACAGGAGCUGAGAAGCUCGGUGGAGCAGUCGGCUGUGGCCGUGGCCCAGGCCGUGGCAUCGGCUGUGACCAACGACUGGAAGAAGGAGCUGGAUCUGAUGGAGGAGACAAAAGACCUGGCCCUGGGGGGGGCGCGAUCCCCGCUCGCCAGCUUCGCCUACGAGAAGGAGCAGCAGGACAAGUACAUGUUUGUGCUCAAUGAGGUGUCCUGUGUGUUUUACAGAUUUAGACUCGCACAUGACCCCCAGCUGACAUCGCAAUUCUCCCAGGCCCUGCGCCACCUUCCGCCCACCUACAGACCUGACACGUACCAGCCCUUCCUGGCCAGGUAUGGCACCCACUAUGCAUGGCUGCCUGUGCUGGGCGGGCGUGUGCGGCAGCUGACGGCCAUCCCGACCUGCCGGGCAGCGCUGGACGGGCUGACAGCCACUGAAAUCAGGGAGCAUCUGGACUCUGAAUUCCUGCAAGGCCUGGGCUUGCACACCCACAUGUCAACCAGCCAGGGCAGGCUGAGCUCCCAGGCUCCCUACCUGGAGAAGCGCAUCGAGGUGACGGGGGGUGACAGCCGCACCAACGCACAAUUCUCCGAAAAGCAAGACCCCACGACAUUCUCAGCCUGGAAGGAGAAUCUCAACGCCAGCCCCGGCCUGGUCUCCUACUCCCUCCUGCCCAUCCACACCCUGGUGGGGCCGGGAGACCCCCGGCAGGAGGUGCUGAGGCAGGCAGUGAAGGAGUACGUGGCUGAGCGGGGGCUGAGGAGGAGGUGCCCGCAGCACUGCCCAGAAGGCGGCUCCGUCGACUCCUGCAAAUGUCACUGCUCCAGCAACCCCAUCACCGACUCCACGUGCUGCCCCCUCCGGCGGGGCCUGGCCCGGCUCAGUGUCCACGUGCUGUGGGGCAGGGACCUGUGGGGGGACCACAUAACUGCCACCGAUGCCUACGUCAAGGUCUUCUUCCGAGGCCGGGAGCUGCAGACGGGCCACAUUGACAACAACAACAACCCGGAGUGGAAGAAAAACCUGGAAUUCGGGGUGGUGACGCUGCCAGUGGGGCCUGAACUGAAGGUGGAGGUGUGGGACAGCGACUCAGCACCAUGGCAGGACCACCUGCUGGGACAUUGCACAUCCUACCUCAAGGUCACCAAGACGCUCACACUCACCUGUAACCUUGACUAUGGCCAUGUGCUGUUUUCCUACUCGCUGGAGUGCGGGCCCCACCUGGGAGGGGACAGAUGCCAGGAGUACGUGCCUGUGAGGGGCUGAGGGAGAGAACCCAAGAGUCCUGGCCCCCAACCAGCCCCACAUCCCUCUAGCCCCCCGCUCCCUUGCCUGGGCUGG